GCCUGGAAGAACCAAUAUGGCGGUCGUGCAAAAGCCAGAGACAAUGAACGGUGAUAUCCAAGAUUACACUCCAGGACCGCCCAGAGACGAUGUAAAUGAAGCGGCAAACUUGCAAGAUCAGAUUCAUAACAUACAGAAAGUAAUUCGACUGACCAAAGAAAACUUAGAGGCUCUUAAUGCCACCUUCGGUAAACAUCAGAAUCCAGAUCCUAUGUACAUUCAAGAAUAUGAAGCAUUAGCAAACAAAAUCCAUGAACUACAAGAGAAAGAAUCUCAUCUGAUGACAUGCUAUGAACAGAUAUUAAUAAAUGAGCGAGAGUCUCCGACCGAUGCUGCCCAGGAGCAGGAGGGACCCCUGAAGACACCUACACCCAUCCUGCUGGGAUCUACGACGGGGAAUAACCUACAGACUUCGGGCCUUGCUGCCCAGUCCAGUCCCAAAGCACUACGAGCUGGCCAUGUCAAGGCCUACCUCCCAGACGAACAAGUCACUUCUGCCCGUGUUGAACCGGGUAUUAUCCUCAAGGAAGCUUUGAAGAAAGCCAUGUCAAGGCGAGGGUUGGAGACAGAGAAAUAUGAAGUAUAUGACAAUAAAACAAAAAUGCCAAUAUCUUGGGAUAUAGAUAUGGCUAACCUUGGCCCAGGUCGAGAGCUACGUGUUCAAUUAAAACGAGGACAGCCUUCCUUGUUUAUGCAUAAUAUUGUUAGAAAGACCUAUUUCUUUUUGACGUUUUGUGAUGGAUGUGGAAAGUCACUAUUCCAGAGUUUAAUGUGUAAGACAUGUAACAUCCGGUUUCAUCAGAGAUGUAUCAACAGGGUCUCUUUACUCUGUCCCUGGCAUGAUGCCAUCGAUAUACACAAGCCUUUGCCUACUGUGGAUGUUGAAAAUACAUAUUAUAUUCGAAACCGAAAUCCGACAAUAUCCAGUAACCAUCGUAACAAGCCAACUCCACCUCUUGGUCACAGAGAGCGUUCUACAUCCGCUCCCAAUGUUUGUCUUAUAAACGUUGGUGAUGCGUCGGUGACUGAGUUUGGAGAAGUGUUUGACCCUCAAAGUAUUGCGUCAUCAAAUAAAAUACAGGGCUUUGAUAGAUAUGUAAAUCCAGCCAUAGUCACAGCAACGGAGCCGAUCAUCCGUGUGAACCAUUCCACUCACAGUCCUCCCAACAGUACCCCAGACUCUCCCACAAAUUCAGGUGCCCACCACCAAAAGUCCAGUUCUACCGAUGUGGACCGUAGGAUCAGGCGCCAUAGGAGAGACUCCAACGAGGACUGGGAGAUCCCUGCGGAAGACAUCCAGAUGGGUCCGCGGAUAGGGUCAGGUUCCUUUGGAACAGUGUAUAGGGGAUACUACCAUGGCCAUGUGGCUAUCAAAAGGCUCAACGUCACCGACCCAACACCUCAACAACUAAAGGCUUUCAAAAAUGAAGUGGCUGUUUUAAGGAAAACAAGUCAUAUGAAUAUACUGCUGUUCUCCGGCUGGACAUCACGCCCCCAGCUGGCUAUCAUCACUCAGUGGUGUGAAGGUUCAAGUCUCUACAAACAUUUACACAUUACAGAAAAUCGUUUUGAAAUGGUAACGCUAAUGGAAAUCUCACGACAGACAUCACAGGGCAUGGAUUAUCUACACGCGAAGUCAAUUAUUCAUAGGGACCUGAAGACCAACAAUAUAUUUUUAACAGAUAAUUUGACAGUGAAAAUUGGUGACUUUGGUCUCGCUACUGUGAAAACACGGUGGAGUGGCUCUCACCAGUUUCAACAGCCCACCGGAUCAAUACUGUGGAUGGCCCCAGAGGUGAUACGCAUGAAAGAGGCCAACCCGUACACAAACCAGUCGGAUGUCUACGCAUAUGGAAUUGUCCUGUAUGAACUGAUGACAGGCCAGCUACCCUACUCUAAUAUCAAUAACAAGGACCAGAUCCUAUUUAUGGUCGGUAAAGGCUAUUUAAAGCCGGAUGUUUCCAAGACCCGGUCAGAUACACCCAAACGGUACAGGAUGCUGAUGCAGGAAUGCUGUAAAUUUGACCGAGAGCAGAGACCUCUUUUUCCACAGAUCCUGUCUGUGAUGGAAUCUAUUGUGUUAUCACUACGUAAGCUUCGUAGGAGUGCGUCGGAGCCAACACUUAAUCAAUCCCAGUCGGAGGACCUAGACUUAAUGUACUUCUGUGCUUCUCCUAAAACACCCAUCAACAGUCAGUACCCGCAGUUCUUCUUCUCCUCGGCACAUAAUUAAUAUGUCUAUAGAGUGUUGCCAGAACGUUGCCAUAGCGGUUAGCUUAUAUCACCCUGCUGCUACUCGACAACCAACGUAACUAUUGGUUCUCAGAGGAUGGAAGGUUUAUAUAUCUGUGAUAUGGAGGGGAGAUUUCGUCAGUGUGACUAUCUACGCCAGACUUUGUGCUGUCAUGAUUGGCAGAUAGGAGGCGAAAAAAACUGAGAGGGGUCUAACUGAGGACACUCCCACUUUUGAGAAGGUCGAAGGCCACUGUUAAAGUUGAACUUUGUUAUACAGAGCCCAUGGGCCAAAUGGCCUAGACCCCAGAUCCCUCCACAUGUUGCGCUAAUGAAGCAAAGAUCAGCAAUGGAGAAGCAGUACAUUCCCAACUGUGCUAGCCUCUUUGGGCUGGUUUAUUCCCUGCUAGUCUUUGGGCUGGUCAAUUUCUACUGUACUGGACUUACAGAGUGGUAGUCUAUGGGCUGGUCAAUUUCUACUGUACUGGACUUACAGAGUGGUAGUCUAUGGGCUGGUCAAUUUCUACUGUACUGGACUUACAGAGUGGUAGUCUAUGGGCUGGUCAAUUUCUACUGUACUGGACUUACAGACUGGUAGGACUGUGUGCUGGCCUGUGGACCGAUAUAUACUGUAUUGGUCUAUAUAGGCUGGUAACUCCCUUGUGUGCUGGCCUGUGGGCUGGUACUUAUAUUUUCUGUAUUAUACUAGCCUAUUUGGACUCGUGGACUCCUAGCUGUGCUUCGGCUCACAACGUCUGUACACUAAAUAAUACAGGCAUGAAAUUUUGAUUGAAAAUGUAGUUGUGUAAAAACAAGGAUGAAAAAGACUUGAUGUUAUAGAGACAGAGACUUGAGACACAUGUGCUUUAUAUACCGCUGUCUAUAUGUCACUGUGCUGCAGACUGUGUUGGAAAGUGUCCCCAAAUUUACCCAGACCUGCAGGGAACAACUGAUUCCCAUUCUCUAAAUUAUGAAAUUGCCUCCAAGAGGAAUGUACUAGUACUGUUUUUGCCAAUUAUAUAUAAGCAGGUGGCCUCUAAGAGGAUUUGAUCUGUAUACCCUGUGUGUGAUGCAGGGAUGUAGCUUACCGUGGGAGGAGGGCAUAUUGUGAAUGGAGGGCAUGUGAUUUUAGAUAUGAGGGCAUUUUUAUGGAUUUCAGUGUGUUGUGUGUACAGAAGAGUGAAAAUGAAGAGAGAAAUGUCCCCAAACUUAUGCUUGUAAGUUAUAUUUAGAUGUACAAGAUAAUGAAAUUUGAAAAAUGUGUCCCUUCAAUGUGUUUGAGUUGUGUAAGAAUGAAUUUGUAACUAUGUGGACAGAGUUAGUGAUAGUGGAGAGAUCCUGUUUGAAGUCAUAAUCUAGUUUGUACUUGUAUUGUAUGAAUGGUUGCUAAAUAAUAACACUGAUAUGACAACAACAGUGUUUUUAACUCCAGGUUAUUUUUUUGUAUGUCUCAAGAUCACAGCUGAACAUGUAAUACUAAUCCUGCUUUUAUUUAUCUGAAAAAAAGAAGAUAAAAAAGUAAAUGAUUUCUCCUUUACCAUACAUAUAGUUUUAUCUUGUAUCAACAAAUAAAAUAUUAUUUUGUACUAUCAA